UGGAGUAGGGCUAAGUGGCACGUGUUGUGUGCCCUGUAUGGAGUUCGUCGACAAUGUAACGAUCCUGGGCGACCCUGGGACAGGCCUUAGAGGGUGAGAAUGUGGGUCCCGGGGGCGGGAAUUCCCUCUCGGCUGACGCUUUCAGCGUUUACCCGCGCUGGGCGAUUUUGCGUUUUGAAUUCCGGAGUGGCGAGGUGGAAGGACGUCCCGGUAGAGAACUGUCGUGGCUUGUAUGACUUUCAUACGCAACUGAAGCCCGAUGUGGAAUUUGGGAAAUCGUCCUCGCGCCUGUACAAGUCCCGUUCCGAGACCAAGCGGUACGUAACCAGUCCGAGAGUGGCUGAGACCGUGGUGCGCAUGCUGCGGGGAAAACGAAAAGCUGGCCAGCUAAUCCUGGAGUGCAAUCCAGGUCCUGGAGUACUCACCCGAGCAUUGCUUGAAAGUGGUGCCAGAGUGAUUGCCCUUGAAAGUGACAAAACUAUUCCAGAAUUGAAGUCCUUAGGAGACAGUGUGAAUGGAAGACUAGAAGUGAUCUAUUGUGACUUCUUUAAACUCGACCCUAGAAAUCAUGGCACAGUGACCCCUCCCGUUAUGACUUCAGAUAUGCUUUUUCAGUAUUUGGGAGUGAAAGCACAUCCUUGGAAAAAAGGUUUCCCUUUAAAAGUAGUUGGGAUCUUACCAGUUAAAACUGAGAGAAACACACUUUGGAAAAUUUUACGCCUGUAUUCCUGUUCUUCUGUUUAUAAAUAUGGACGAGCAGAACUAAAUUUGUUUUUUUCUGAAAAGGAAUGCCGGAAACUAAUGGCAAAUCCCCAAACUCCAGGCUUGUAUCAGUCAUUAAGUGUGCUCGGUCAAACAGCUUGUGGGAUCAAGGUCCUGUGACGGCAAUGUUUUAUGAAACGCAAUGCCAAGCUAAUAGACCAUUUACCGUCAUUGAGUCCAAUUGAUGCAGUGCAUAUAUUGAAGCAAAUAAAAAAACAUAAGGAUGUGAGAGUUGUAGAUAUGUACCCUAAAGACUUUCAGCGCCUUUUUGAAACCAUAGAAUGUUUGAAAGAUGAUACCUGUAAGUGGCUCUAUGAUGAAUUCAUGGAGGAUACACUCUCAUAGUGAAGUGGACUGCUAAGACAUUAACUGGAGCUGUCUAUUAUUUUGGAAAUUAUGACACAAAUGAAAAAGAACUGAGUUUGAAAAGCUCACAUCCUUUCAGAAGAUAACUGUUCUUGUUUUGCACAACUCGGCAGAUCGUUUCUUCUGCCACUGAUACUGGUGUAUUGGAUAAAACAGUGGUUGCUAUUUUAUUCAAAUGAAUGAAAUGAAAAUGUCUGUUAAUUGAGGAUUUAAUCAAAUUGGAUUUGUUUUGUUUUAAAUUCCUGUCUGUUGUAAGCAUACUGGUAGUUAUAGGGUAUUACUAGGUGAAAUUUAGUUUUAGAAAUUCUUUUGGCUUUAUAUCGUACGCUGUAUUUAAAUUUUCCAUUUUUGCUGUUGAUUUUUAUAUACUCCUGGGGGAGCAGAAGAGUACAGAAACGUGGACGGUAAACUGAUUUAAUAGGUUUGUUUUACUUUUCAGUUUAUUGAAAUGUAUUAUCAAGUACUGUACAGUUAUUUAAAUUUUAAUAUGGUUUAAACUUUUUUAGAAA